GGGGGAGGUGGGGGGAGGGAAGGAGGAUGUGAGACUCAGUCUGAGAAAUGAAAAAAAAAAAGCAACCCUUUCUGGUGGCCUCCACGCAGCCUCCCCAAACGCAGCACACCCAGCUGUGGGCGAGGACCCAGACACCCUGGUGCUGAGUGGAGAGGCUGCGUUCCAGAAGAACUAAAGAAGGACAAAUAAAGCCAUGAUAUUUCCAUGGAGAUGUCACGGCUUUCAGAGGGGUUCGCGGCCUUCCGUCAAGGUGUGGGUCUGGGCCGUGCUCUGCUGCGAUUUCCUUGCACGUGAUGGAACCAAUGGCUGGACUUACCACUAUUCUGAAAAACCCAUGAACUGGGCAAAGGCUAGAAGGUACUGCCAAGAAAAUUACACAGAUUUAGUUGCCAUACAAAACAAGGGGGAAAUUGAGUACCUGGAGAGGACACUUCCCUUCAUCAACACUUACUACUGGAUAGGAAUCCGGAAGGUAGAAGGUAUAUGGACUUGGGUGGGAACCAACAAGUCUCUUACCAAAGAAGCAGAGAACUGGGGAAAUGGAGAGCCCAACAACAGGAAGUCCAAAGAGGACUGUGUGGAGAUCUACAUCAAGAGGGUCAAAGAUGCAGGAAAGUGGAAUGAUGACUCCUGCUACAAACAAAAGAGAGCCCUCUGUUACACAGCUUCUUGUCAGCCCUGGUCAUGCAGCAACCAUGGAGAGUGCGUGGAAACCAUCAAUAAUUCCACCUGCAGCUGUGAUGUGGGCUUCUACGGGUCUCAGUGUCAAUUUGUGAUUCAGUGUGAGCCUUUGGAAGCCCCUGAUUUGGGGACCAUAGACUGUCAUCACCCCCUGGGGAACUUCAGCUAUUCCUCCAGGUGCACCUUCAACUGCUCUGAGGGAACAGAGCUCAUUGGGAUUGAGGAAACCACUUGUGGACCUUCUGGAAACUGGUCAUCUCAAGAACCAAACUGUGAAGAAGUGGACAGAAGCUUCUCAAUGAUCAAGGAAGGCGACUAUAAUCCUAUCUUCAUUCCAGUGGCAGUCAUGGUUACUGCUUUUGCUGGGCUGGCAUUUAUCAUUUGGCUGGCAAGAAGAUUAAAGAAAGGUAAAGAGUCCAGGGAAAGUGUCAAUGAUCCGUAUUAAAGCACCCUUCGUGGAAGAAAAUUCUUUGGCUGCUCAGGUGUUACUGGACCCUUCGGAUCCGUCCCCAGAACGUAUCGCGUGGUGUGGAAGAUCAAGUGCGUCUGUUUCGCGGCAUCUGGAAAGAUUUCGGCGAGACUGGCAAGCUCUUUCUGCUCCCACUGUGCCCCUCACCCACCCUGCAGCCCCGGCUCUGGCUGUGCGUUAUAUAGCUCAGUGUUUUAUUCUCUUUUUCAUGGACCAUGGGGGAGAGGAUUGCUAUGGAAUGUAAAGAUGUCCGGUUUUGCUCUCUGUCCUGACUCCAUUUCCAGUUCUAAUUCCACGCUGUACCUGCUGACCUUAAAUACAGUGGAAACCUGA